AUGAUUGCCCUACAGCAAGGAACCACGGAUGAUAAUUUCCGCCGAUCACUAGCCAAGAGGGCCCCUGAAAAUAUGAAUGAGCUCCAGGAGAGGGCCGGGAAGUAUAUCAAGGCUGAGGAAAGCCUGAAGAAAUCUCAGAAUAACCAGGGACCGACCCCGAACCCAAAGAAACGUGGAAACGACACCGAGUACAAUGCGGAUAAUAAGUAUUCAAAGACAGGGGAUGGUGAUAAGUCCCCCACCAAAAAGAAAGCAGGACCGAGGUUCGCUGAGUAUGCAAGGCUGAAUGCCCCUAGGAGUCAGAUCCUGAUGGAAAUUGAGAAAGAUGAAAGUUUGAAGGAUGAGAUCGAGUUUUUGAUCCGAAAAGGCAAGCUGUCCAAGUAUACUAGGGAUACGGACAAGAAUCCCCGUGACAAUGACAACCGUGGAAGAGACAACGAUGAUAGGAAUAAGAGAAACCAGCCUAGAGGGCCUGUGAUCAAUGUAAUCUCUGGAGGACCGACCGCAGCAGGCCUAUCUAGUAACUCACGAAAAGCUUAUGCUCGUGAAGUGAUGUACAUUGUUGGAGAGCCCCCGAAGAGGGCAAAAAUUGAGUUUGCUUUAGCAUUCGACAAUUUAGAUCUUGACAGAGUUAAAUUUCCCCAUGAUGAUCCUUUGGUAAUCACCUCGGUGAUUGGAAACUCUUCUGUAAAAAGGGUACUCGUUGACGGUGGAGCCUCAGUAGAUAUCUUAUUUCAUGAUGCAUAUGAGAAGAUGGGAUAUUCAGAUUCGCAAUUGACACCUUCAGAUAUGCCUAUAUACGGCUUUAAUAACGUGGAGACAAAGAUUGAAGCAAUCCCAUCCACCUACCACUUGAAGAUCAAAUUCCCUACCAAGAAUGGGGUGGGAGAAGAAAUAGGAGAUCAAAAAAUGGCUAGAAGUUGUUAUGUGGGGGCUCUGAAAUCUGGAGGGACCGGGGGGCAAGUUCUCCCAAUUGAGGACUUGGAUGUCCGAGAGGAAGAGGAAAGGAGAGGAAAGCCAGCUGAGGACUUGGUUCCCUUCUCCCUAUAUCCAGAUGAGCCCGAGAAGGUGACCUAUGUAGGGGCGUCGCUCCCCGAGGAUAUGAAAUCCGAAUUUGUGAAAUUCUUGAGGAACAACCGGGAUGUGUUUGCUUGGACCGCAGCCGAUAUGCCAGGGAUUGAUCCCCUCUUUAUGACACACACGCUUAACGUAAGCCCAGAUAGAAAACCCGUGAAACAAAAGAAGAGAAGUUUUGCCCCUGAGAGGCAGGAAGCCAUAAAACAGGAGGUCGAUAAGCUUUUGGAAGCAGGUUUUAUAGAGGAAAUCCAAUUCCCAGAAUGGCUAGCCAACCCAGUCAUGGUCAAGAAAGCUAAUGGAAAGUGGAGGAUGUGUGUAGACUUCACAGAUUUGAAUGAUGCUUGUCCUAAGGACUGUUUUCCUCUCCCAAGAAUAGAUACUCUGAUCGAUGCUACAGCUGGGCACGAGAUGUUGAGCUUUAUGGAUGGCUUUAGUGGAUACAACCAGAUCCGAAUGAAUAAGGACGACAUUCCUAAGGUAUCGUUCAUCACUGAUUUUGCCAAGUGUGCCUUUGGAGUUGGGUCUGGAAAAUUUUUGGGUCUGAUGGUCUCGAAACGUGGGAUUGAGGCCAACCCCGACAAGAUAAAGGCCAUCCUUGAUAUGGAGCCGCCUAAGUCUAUAAAGGAUGUUCAAAAGCUAACAGGAAGAAUCGCGGCACUAGGGCGUUUCAUCUCGAAGUCCGGGGAUAAGUGCUUGCCCUUCUUUAAGGCUUUGAAGAAAGUUAAAGAUUUUGAAUGGACAAGUGAGAGCCAAGAGGCCUUUGAGCAGUUGAAGAAGUAUAUGGCAGAGCCACCACUCUUAUCAAAGCCCGUGGAUGGAGAAACAUUAUAUGUCUACUUGGCUGUCUCUGAGAAAGCACUGAGUGCGGUCUUGGUUCGUGAGGAUCGAAAAAUCCAGAAACCCGUCUACUAUGUUACUUCAAGAAAGCUGAGGCCUUACUUCCAGGCUCACAAAAUUGAAGUCUUGACAGACCAGCCCCUUAGGAACAUAAUGCAUAGCCCGAAGGCUAGUGGGAGAUUAAUCAAAUGGGCAGUAGAGCUUGGGGAAUUUGAAAUUCGAUACAAACCACGGGUGGCAAUCAAGGCUCAAGCUCUAGCUGACUUCCUCGUUGAAUGCACCAUCGACAACAAGGAAGUCGGGGGGCAGGAGAGUAUGGUAGAGGAACCCAAAGAAGAGGAGAAACCUAAAGAGUAUUGGUUACUAUUUUUUGACGGAGCUUCAAAAACAAAAAAUAGUGGGGCAGGGCUGGUGCUCCGAAGCCCGGAUGGCUUCACGGUCGAGUACGCGAUCAAGUUAGACUUUCCAACUACCAACAAUGAAGCUGAGUAUGAGGCCCUUAUAGCUGGAUUGGGAUUGGCGAGAACCCUGAGGGUUAAAAACCUGAAAGUAUGUGGGGACUCAAGACUUGUGGUGUCACAGGUUAAUGGAGAAUUUGAGGCACGAGAAGAAACAAUGCUGAAAUACUUAAGGAUUGUGAAAGCCCAGAUAACGCAAUUUAAAGAAUGUUUGGUAGAACAUAUACCUAGGGAAGAGAAUACAAAGGCUGAUGCCUUAUCCCAGUUUGCAUCCUCAGAGAAUGAGGUGUGCUCGGGAAGUGUUUACUAUCAGGUUUUGAAAACCCCAAGUAUCAAUGCCAAGCUGGUAGCCCCAAUCGACACGGGGGCCACUUGGAUCGAUGAGGUCAAAACGUAUCUCGAAACUGGACAUCUACCACCUGAUGCUGGGGAAGCACGAAAACUACAAGUAAGAGCUUUAAAGUAUGCACUCAUUGAAGGGAUUCUCUAUAAGAAAUCUUUUGUUAUACCUUAUUUGAAGUGUUUAAGGCCAGAUGAGGCCCGGGAAGCCUUGAAAGAGGUCCAUGAAGGAAUCUGUGGCCAGCACCUAGGCGGGAGAGCCUUGGCUCACAAAAUUACUCGCCUUGGGUUCUUUUGGCCAAAUAUGCUGAAGGAUGCGAAGGAUUAUGUUAAGAGAUGCGAUCGUUGUCAGAGAUUUGCACCUGUUGUGCGCCAGCCCCCAGAGAUGCUGACAUCCAUUAACUCCCCGAUUCCCUUUGCUAUGUGGGGGAUGGACAUCCUAGGGCCGUUUCCACUCGCCAGUGCUCAAAGGAAGUUUUUGAUAGUGGCUAUUGACUACUUUACCAAGUGGAUUGAGGCCAAACCCCUGGCCAAGAUAACCACCAAGCAAGUUGCUCAGUUCUUCUGGGAAAACGUCAUAUGCAGGUAUGGCAUACCCCGAGUCUUGGUUACUGACAAUGGAGCUCAGUUCAACAAUCCAGAGUUUGUGGGAUACUGUAACGACUAUAGCAUUGAGCUACGAUUCACUUCGGUUGCCCAUCCUCAAGCCAAUGGGCAAGCUGAAGUAGCCAACAGGAUAAUCCUUGAUGGGCUAAAGAAAAGAGUCGAGAAAGCGCAUGGGUCUUGGGCUGAAGAGAUUCUCCCUAUACUAUGGGCAUAUCGAACAACCUGCAAGGUCUCCACAGGAGCAACCCCGUUCCAGUUAGCUUACGGGGCUGAAGCCGUAGUGCCACUUGAGAUAACUCAUACCUCCCCCAGGGUCCAGCAGUAUGAGCCCGAAGCCAAUGAGGAAGGAAUGAGACUCGCACUCGACAUGAUCGAUGAGGUCCGUGAUGAGGCUAACGCCAGGAUCGUUGAGAGCCAAAAACGAGCUUCCUAUUACUAUAAUCUCCGAGUCAAGGAACGAUUCUUCAGAAAAGGGGAUUUAGUCCUAAGGAAAGCUGAGGCCUCAGGAGUUGGUCCCAAGGGAAAGAUGGCCCCAAACUGGGAAGGUCCGUAUCAGGUGAAGGAUGUUAUUGGUCGCGGCUCGUACAAGCUUCAGACCCUGGAUGGAGUUGAGUUUCCAAGGAGUUGGCAUGCCACCAACUUGAAGAUUUAUUAUAUUUGA